GGAAAACCUCUUCAAAUAGAAGAGUAAAAACUUCGGGACUUCUAGUCCAUGAAAAAUGGCUGUAUUAUAUCAAGAGAGUGUUACAAAAUCAUCUUCAAACAAUCACAAUAACAGCAAGAGGAAAAAGGAAACAAGUAAUACAACAAGAAAAUAGAGAACAAAUGAGAAUGAAACAGCUACAGGUUCAGACACUGAAACAUAUUACAGCGUUCACUUGAAGAUACCUUAUGAGCCUUAGCGGAUUUCUGCCAUAGCUUUCCAAGGCAAAGAACAGAGGCACUGAAGAAACAAAGGUUCGUCUUAUUCUUUAGAAAUGAAUCAAAUCAAAAUAAAUGAAAUGCAAAUCAACAGAGUUUAAUUUGUGCUUCAUAAUCACUACCUUUUCCUUUGAUGUAUGUCUUUUUUCCUCGUUCACAUUCUCUAUCUCUAACUGCUCCUUGCAUUUUAGAAAGUGAAGCAUAUAAUCUUGUUCACAUCUGCUUCAAGACAUGAAUCAAAAUGAAACAAAUGAACUGCUAAAUGUAUUCUUGUAAACGUUUUCCUGGUAGUGGAACAAGCAGUAUGAUGAAAUAUGUCAGAAACAAGAAUGAAACAAAAUAAGUUAGAACAAAACAACCUGAAGAAAAUGUAAUCAGUGUAAAGAAAAGAGAGAAUUUGGAGGACAAGGACUUACUAGCUUUGAUGAACACUGAAAUAUACUGAAUUCCAGCUCCAAUCAUUCUGUUUUCAUUGCAUUCCCCAUCUCCUCCUAGAUAUUGGCAGAGUAAGAAGACAAGGAGUACAUCAGAAGCUCCCACAAAAAUAGAAUUACUAACAAGCUAAACUUUGACUGCAAACCCAAAGUUAUCAAUUUAUAAGUAAUCUAUUAAGAACACAUGUAUUAUAAAGUAAGAGGAUGAAGCACAAGUGAAUAAGAAUAAAAGAGAGCUCAUUUUGUCCAAUUUGUGCUUUCAGUGUUAUCAUCAUAAUCCCUUCUUUGACUAAGAGUCCAUUAUAUGAAUAAGUAUAACCAAAUAAAAGAAAUUGGGAGAAGAAAAAAUGAACCCUUCAAAAUACACUUGGCACUUAUAUUUUCUUCAAUAAGACUAGCUGAGAUAGAAGUUUUGCACUUCUCUGAAUAAGCCAUUGUUUGAUAAAUCCCUGAAACAAAACAUCUCAAUCUGUUCAAUAUCAUUGAUUCCUAGAUGCUGAUGGUUGGCCUUUUUACUCAUUUCCAUCGAUGAAAAUAUUGGAAUGCCUUUUAAAGGGGAAAACAUACAAAUUUAUAAUUCUAUCAUAACCACAUUGAAGCUAUUGAGACCAGUUUACGAGCAAUCACUUGCAUAGGGAUCUCAUUGUCAAUUUCUUCUCUUCACUCCAGUUGUUGAUUGCAUGUCCAUUAUUACAUCAUCAAACUCAAAGUUGUAUAAAGAAUUUAUUCAAAC